GCAAGAGGAGGAGGAGGAGGAAGCACCUGAGCACCUACUAAUUCAAGUCACACAUCAACAAGUUCAGGCCAAGAAAAACCCUAGCUUAAUAUAUUAGCCUUCCUUAAAAUGGAUGAGAGGAUGAAGCGGUUGGCUGAAAAUGGAGAUAUUAAUGCCUUUUACCAAUUAAUUAGAGAGGAUGAAAAACUUUUGGAGCACAUCGAUGAGCUAACAUUUGCUGAUACUCCUUUACACAUAGCUGCAUCUACUGGGCAAAUCCCAUUUGCCAUGGAGAUGAUGGGUUUAAAGCCCUCAUUUGCUCGGAAACUAAAUCAAAAUGGGUUUAGCCCUAUUCACCUCGCUCUACAAAAUGGACAUAUUGAGCUAGUGCGUCGGCUUCUACAAAUUGAUGGGGACCUUGUUCAUGUCAAAGGAAGGGAGCGUCUCACUCCUUUGCAUCACGUAGUAGAAAGUGGUAAACACCUUGAUCUAUUGGAAGAAUUUUUAUUGGUCUGUCCUGAUUCUAUUGUAGAUGUGACAGGGCGAAACGAGACUGCUUUGCAUAUUGCCCUCAAAUAUAACAGGCUUGAGGUUUUUAAAUUCUUAGUGACAUGGCUUGGAGUAAGUGUUUAUAAAAAUGCUAAAUUGUAUCAAAGAACAGUCUUGAAUUGGAAGGAUGAUGAAGGCAAUACUGUGUUGCACGUUGCAGUAUUAAAAAAUCAAUCCCAGGCAAGUUCUCUCCAAUAACAUCUACUGAGUAUUAUAUUAGCAAAAAGAAAACAUCUACUAAGUAUUAA